CAUAGGGUUGGAGUUGUUCAGAAAACCCAUCAUUAACCAUAGACCAGAUUAUUACUGGCUUUCUUUUUGAUGAUGGUGCAGAAGUAACACAGCUGUGAUUUCUGACCAAAAGAAGUGCAGAAGGGGAGAAAGAAAGAAGAGAGACUCGAGUUCUGGCUUCUGACCAGACUUGAAAACACCUGACCCAAAAUUGUUUCUGUCAUUGGUUUAUUUGUCAUUGUCCCAAUCUUUUUCUUCUCUCUCCCGUUUUAGAAUUUAUACUUCUACUACAAACAGAGGAAGAUGAGAGUCUAAAGGGUUAUGAUCAUGUCAAGAAAUUUUUUUGAUAAGUGCUAGGAGCACUAGCAGACAACUGGGCCCCAUCAUCAUCACUCCCUCCACCACCAACUCCUCCCUUCCUCUUCCCAUGCUUUUCCACUCAUACUAUGCUCUCUCUUCUUUCUUCUCUUCCUCUCCAUUUCUUCUCGACUUCUCUCUCAAUUUCUUGAAAGAAAGAACUUUAAAGAUCUUUUCUUGAGUGGGUUUGCUAUCAAUUUAUUGUUUGUUCUGAUGGAAGGUGCUGCUCUUGGGUUACUUUGUGGUGGUUCUUCUGGGGUCUCCACAAAUGAGUCCACAGUGUCAAAAGUGAAUGUGGUCGAGCAAGAUCAGUAUGUGGAGGCUACUUCAUACCCAGCUGAGAGUGAGCUUGAGUUGGGUUUGGGCCUGAGCCUUGGUGUUGGUGGUGGUGGGAAGGUUAAGGCUAGUGAAUGGAGUGAGUGUGGCAGAAUCUUGACUGCCAAGGAUUUCCCUUCAGUGCUCUCUCCUGCUCAUAGAGGAGCUAACAAUGCUUCUGUUUCUUCUGCUGUUGCUGUUUCUGGGACAAAGAGAGCUGCUGACUCUUCUCCUCAAGAGGGUGGAUCUCCUCCUGGUGGCAGCCAGCUUGUGGGAUGGCCACCUAUAGGGGUUCACAGGAUGAACAGCUUGGUGAGCCAAACAAAGGCUCUAAAAGCAGAAGAGGAGAAGUCUGCGGUUGCUGGAAAAAAUCACAAAUCCGAAGAUGCUUCAAAGAAGAAAAUAUGCAAUGGCAACAAGACCAAUAUUGUGAGCGAAAACGGUCAUCUUGGAUUUGUUAAGGUGAAUAUGGAUGGAGUUCCUAUAGGAAGGAAGGUGGAUUUGAAUGCUCAUACUUGCUACGAAACCUUAGCCCGUAACUUGGAGGACAUGUUUUUUAGGUCCAACUCAACUCUCAAUUCCAUUGGAUCUGGUGGAGAGAAGGAAGAAGCAAAGAACUCCUCCAAGCUUUUGGAUGGAUCGUGUGGAUUUGUGCUCACUUAUGAAGAUAAGGAGGGAGACUGGAUGCUUGUGGGAGACGUUCCAUGGGGGAUGUUCCACAUUUCAGUCAAACGGCUCCGAAUCAUGAGGACUUCUGAGGCUAAUGGACUUGCUCCGAGAUUUGAAGUUCGGAAGGAAAGAAGCAAACCUGUUUAGCAUCAAAGCUGACCCUUCUACAAUCUGAUGAGAUUAAAAACAAAAAAAAAAAUCCACAGUUUGAAAACACAACUAGAAAAGUUGACGAGUUGGAGCAUUUUGCAAAGAGCUGUGCUGCGCUUUAUUUCAGUGUCAUCGUUGCCAAUCAAUCUCUGGUUCUCACUGCCUUUUUUGGUCUCUUAGGUGAUGAUAUUCAUUGUAGUUUUCGAUUUCUUUAUAUGGUGCUGCUGCCAUAUAGGCCUGUGCACUUGACUACAUUGGUGCUUUCUCAUACUGUAAAUAUGAGAGUACUUAUAUCUAGAGAUUGUUAAGUUUUUUUCAAGCUUUCAAUCCAGCGGACUCAAAUUUUGUUUGUUAUAGAAAAUAGUGUUUUGUGUGGCUUCUUAGGAAAUUUUCGCGGUUUUAGCUCUUCAUGUUCUCUAAUAUAUUGUAAUUCAGAGUCGCGUUUUUGAGUGUCA